CAACGAACACACACAACCAACAUACAUAAGUGACAACAAAACCCAACAGCAACAAAUCAAAAAAUCAUCAACGUUAAAAGUGAAAACUUGAACACAACAACAGUCUUUUAUAUUUUGUGCGGUAUUUUACCCAUUUUUUUGGUGCCAGGUGCUAAUUGUAAAGAACUCAGGAAAUCGCACUCUCUCAACUCGCAUAUCGCGCCAGUACAAAAUCGAGAAAUCAAACCGAAGACCAAUUAGAAAAAUAGAAAUAAUCAAAUCAUGGCAAGCAGCAGUUGGCCCGAAAAUGUUGGAAUACGCGCCAUUGAGGUGAUCUUCCCAUCCCAAUAUGUGGACCAAACGGAACUGGAACAGUUCGAUGGUGCCUCCACCGGCAAAUACACAAUCGGCCUGGGACAGGCGAAAAUGGGCUUUUGCUCGGAUCGCGAGGAUGUCAACUCGCUCUGUUUAACGGUUGUCAGCCGCCUGCUCGAGCGUCAUCAAAUCAAGCAUACGGAAAUCGGUCGAUUAGAGGUGGGCACCGAAACGAUAGUCGAUAAAUCGAAAUCCGUUAAAUCGGUGCUAAUGCAACUAUUUGCCGAGAGCGGCAACACUGACAUCGAAGGACUGGACACCACAAAUGCCUGCUAUGGCGGCACUGCGGCGCUCUUCAAUGCGGCCAACUGGAUUGAAUCCUCCAGCUGGGAUGGUCGCUAUGCUCUGGCAGUGUGUGCCGACAUCGCCGUCUAUGCCAAGGGCGCAGCGCGUCCGACGGGCGGCGCCGGAGCCAUUGCCAUGCUGGUGGGACCACAUGCACCCUUGGUGCUGGAGCGUGGCUUGAGGGCAACGCACAUGGAGCAUGCCUAUGACUUUUACAAGCCCGACUUGGGCUCUGAGUAUCCGGUGGUGGAUGGCAAGCUGUCCAUCCAAUGCUAUCUGUCGGCGUUGGACAUCUGCUAUCGCCUGUAUCGCAAGAAGUUCGAGAAACAGCAUCCUGAACAGUCGGGAGCGGGUCUGGACAAUUUCGAUGCCAUACUCUUCCACACGCCCUUCUGCAAACUGGUCCAGAAGUCGGUGGGUCGCCUCAGUUUCAACGAUUUCCUGCUGAGCAGCGAGGAUAAGCGCGUUGAGAAGUUUGCCGGCCUGGAGCGUUUCUCCACCGCCACGCUAGAGGGCAGCUACUUUGAUCGGGACGUGGAGAAGGCCUUCCUUACGCAGUCCGCCGAGGUGUUCGAGGCCAAGACGAAGAAGUCGCUGCUGCUGGCCAAUCAGGUGGGCAACAUGUACACACCGUCGGUCUACUCGGGUCUGGUUUCGUUGCUGAUUGGUGUGCCUGCUGCUCAACUGGUUGAUAAGCGCAUUGGUGUCUUUUCCUAUGGCUCGGGACUGGCUGCCUCGAUGUACUCCAUUAAAGUGACAAAGGAUGCGGCGGCCUUUGAGCAGUUUGUGGAUAAACUAGCGUAUGUGCAGCCCAUGCUCAACUCUCGCGAGAAAGUGGUGCCCGAGCAGUUCUCGUCGCUGAUGGAGGUCAGGGAGAAGAACAAUCAUGCGGCGCCAUACACGCCCACUGGCAGCAUCAGUGCUCUGUUUCCGGGCACAUACUAUCUGAAGGAUGUGGAUGCACUGCAUCGACGCACCUACGAACGCACGCCGACCAUCAGCAAUGGAGUGCAUUAGCCAAAGGUUUCAUCUGGCUUGGCGAAAUGAAAUCACAACUACACACACACACACACACACAUUACUUAACUUGACAAUAACCUAUGACUAACUAACACUAACUUUUAACUGUAGCUGCUAACUAUUUAAAUAUGACUUGACUACACCAAAUGCAUCUGCAUUGAUGUAGAACUCGAAAGCUAUCAGUAUAAGCCGGCUUGGGAGAGUUAUCCUUUCGCUGUUAAUCCCUUUGGUUUUUCCUUCUUCAUUAGCAUCUUAAUUGGUCUUAUGGUCGUCUUAACACUGCAAUACAUACUAUUAUUUAUUUAAUGGCCUGGCAAAAAUUUCACACAUAUUUUCAUCGAAGUUUAAAGUCUUAUUCAUACCUUUAUACUACAUAUUAUGGCUGCAAGCAACAGGCAGGCCUCUUUUUAAUUAAUGUCGGAACUUGAAUCUAUGCCUAUAAAAUGUGUACAAUAAUAUAAACUGUAUUUAUACAAAACAAAUCAAGCAUAGUAUGAGUACUCGUAUAAUGUGCAAAGCGCAUAUUAUAAUUUGUUUGUAAAGUGCUAAAUAAACAACAAAUUCAACAUGAACAA